AUGAUUGAAAUCAAUGAUAUUUUAUUGUCAGUAUAAUCAAGUUUCAAGCAUGUACUUUCAGAAAUUCACAGAAUUGUAAAACUUUUUACAGGGGAUGUUAUAUAAAAUUACUGGAAAGAAUUCAAAAUAGGUGUAAAAUUAUUUCAAUAGUAAAAUGAUGAAUUUAUGGUGGUUACUCUAGCAAUUAUUGAUCUAAGUCAGAAAGUAGAAAUCGAUUGCGAUCCUUUUUUAUAUAAAAUUUAGAAAGCAAAAUACAUGAUUAUGAAACUUGAAAACUUUGAAUAAUUUUCAACCAUAAUAGAACUUCAAUAAAUCCCCAAUAAAAAUGAUAUAGCUGCAAAUGAAGCAGAAGAAGAUGAUUAUGAUGAAUCAUCCUAAGAAAGAGAAUGA